AUGACUGUGAGAGAAACAAUGCAGGGCUCUUUCUUCUCCCUCGGCUGCACCGUCAACGCCACAGCCUUCGGGACUGCUGAAGAGCAGGGAGAUCUGGAGAGGCCGACGCAGCCCUGCGCGACUGUCUCCUCUUGGAUUUACUUUCUCGCCGUCGACGUCAUUAUUUCCCACGAGCAGCAAGACAUCUCGCUGCUUCUUUCCAAGCCCCGGGGCUUCUGCGCCGGUGUCUCUCGAGCGAUCGGCAUCGUCGAAGAAGCCCUGCGCAUUUGGGGCCCUCCCGUGUACGUCAAACACAGCAUUGUCCACAACGAGGUGGUGUGCGACGCCAUGCGGAAAAAAGGCGCGAUCUUCGUGGAAGAGAUCUCCGACAUUCCACACGGCGCGGUAGCCGUUUUUUCCGCCCACGGGGUUUCCCCAGCCGUCCGCGCCGAGGCUGAGGCGCGACAGCUGCAGGUCGUCGACGCCACCUGCCCUCUCGUCACCAAAGUCCACGUCUACGUCAAACAGAAGGCAGAACAGGGGUACCAUAUCAUUUUGAUUGGACACAAAGACCACGUGGAAGUGAUGGGCACGAAGGGUGAGGCGCCCGACGCGGUAACCGUGGUGGAGACUGUCGAGGACGUGGAGAAGCUCGCCUUUCCGGCCUCGCAGAAACUGUUUUACGCCACGCAAACGACGCUGAGUCUGGACGACUGUGGAGCGAUACGCCAGGCGCUGAUCAACAAGUACCCGAAAAUCGAGAGCAUUCCCAGCGGGUCUAUCUGCUACGCGACGACGAAUCGGCAAACCGCCCUGCAGCGCCUGGCUCCUGAGACAGACCUCACGAUCGUCGUGGGCAGUCAGGCCUCGUCGAAUGCGAAGCGGCUAGUGGAAACGGCGCAGCGCCGAGGCACGACCGCGUACCUGGUGAACGAUCCAAGUGCCAUAGAUCCACGCUGGCUAGAAAACGUCACGCGCAUCUCUCUCACUUCCUCUGCGUCAACGCCGGAAGCCACAACAGCUGCAGUGGUUCGGCGCCUCCAGGAGCUCGGCGUCGCAAGGGUGUCUGAGCACGAGGGAAUUCUCGAAAAAGUUCCGCAGUGGAAAUUCCCCAAGAACUUGCAGGAAGCAGGAAGGAAGAAAGUGCAAGAGGAGAGUCGCCAUUCAGCUCGUGGACAGGAGGGACCGAUCGCCCGGGACGCGUAG